GUGCCACAUCACAGUGCCCCAUUACAUCAGCUGUCACCAUUAGAGUGCCCCCUUACAUCAGGUACCCACAUCAGAGUGCCCCCCUGCAUCAGGUAUCCCUAUCAGUGUUCCCCCUUUUCCAUCAGGUGUCCCCAUCAGAGUGCCCCCUUACAUAAGAUGUCCCCAUCAGAGUGCCCCUUUACAUCCGGUGUCCCCAUUAGAGUGCCUCCUUACAUCAGGUGCCCCUAUGAGAGUGCCCACUUACAUCAGGUACCCCCAUCAGAGUGCCCCCUUGCAUCAGGUAUCCCUAUCAGUGUCCCCAUCAGAGUGCCCCCUUACAUAAGAUGUCCCCAUCAGAGUGCCCCUUUACAUCAGGUGUCCCCAUUAGAGUGCCUCCUUACAUCAGGUGUCCCUAUGAGAGUGCCCACUUACAUC